AUGGUCUAUUGUGCCGCGGAAGCCGGUCUCAACCAGCCUGCCAAAUCCGAUAUCGCUUUUCCUCACCAGGUUGAGCUCAAAGCUAAUCUUGAUGAAGUUAAGGCAAAUCUGCGAGGAUUGAAGAACAAACCGGGUACAACGCAGCCUGCGGAUGUGACCAAUUAUAUUCGCAAGAAGCCAGGCUAUUCCAACAACGUCGUGAUGACCUAUGCUUUGACACAAAAAAACCAGAAAUUUUAUGUUCGAAUCAACCUUGUCCAACGCCAUCCGGUGGAGGAGCUUGUGGCCGAAUUGAAACUGAGAAAGAUCAUCUCUAAGGAACAGGUCCUGCGAGAAAUGAAAAACAGGGCGGAUGAUACAGAUCUUGUGGCCACAUCCAGCGUUAUGUAUGUUGAUGAUAUACUCCACUCAACAUCCGGGGACGUUGAACAGAUUGUCAUAGAGCCAGAUGGCACAUGGUCAGGGCCCAAAGAUGAUGAAAACGGGGCCGCAGGAGGCGUUACCCCCGCGUCAUACAAUGACUACGACGACGAAGAAUUGAAGGAGGAGGAGGAGGAGGAUGAUGAUGAUGAUGACUUGAUAGAAAUCAAAGAACCCGGAGUCCCAAUUGUCAAACGGGAAUCCCUCCCCAGUCGCGGCCUAACCCUACAACGGACGCCAGUUCAGUCACGAGAGCCUUCUACCGCAUCCUCUAUAGCUCGUCUGUCCACGAAUAAACGCCCCGCAGCUCAGGUCAUUGAUCUUACCGGUAGUGAUGACGAGGAGGAAUCACCUGUGAGGCCAACCAAACGUCCGGCAUUGAAUGUGUUCAGCCGUUCUUUGCCGCGACCAGGCUUCCGCGGUUCGUACAAUGGGGGGACCGUCAAUGGCAAGGUUAACUCGUAUGGAAGUCAACAUAGUCCCGAAUCAUCCGGUCGCAAUGGGGUUUAUGACACAUGA